UUUUGGUACCAAAGGCCAUUGAUAAUAAUCUUUAAAAGAGGUGGAUCAAAAGACAGAGGUAAGUAGGAGAUGCUGACCCUUUCUCUCUCUUCUUGUUCUCUGUACAGCACCAAGAACUCUCUCACCCUAAAAACCCCGCACUCUUAUCAAAAUCGAGUCUUUUUUCACAAUCGCGCUCUUCAGCAACGACCCUUUAGCUCGCUCAGCUAUAAUCCAUUGAGAGUGUCGAUUGACGACGGUAAAAAGACGAUGAUGAAUAAUAGACGACAUGGGUUUGGGACGGUGUGUUACUAUGGGCCACUGACGCAUAGGAAUCUUCAGUGGAUCUCCACCAUUUCUACUGCGGUUCUAAUGCUGGCGAGGGGAACAGCCAUUCACAAAUCCUUUCUUGUACCUUUAUUUGCCCUACAGGCUCCAGAAAGCAUUGUUUCAUGGAUUAAGGGUGAGUAUGGCAUAUGGACUGCUUUCUUGGCUCUUCUCGUUCGCCUCUUCUUCUUUAUUCCUGGUGAACUGGAGUUGCCAUUUAUAACAUUGCUAUUGAUAAUUGUGUGUCCUCAUCAAAUUACAAGGCUGAGGGGAACACAGGAAGGUAUUACUCUUUCGUUGGUAAUAGCAGUUUACUUGGCUUUCCAGCAUUUUUCAAGAGCCGGCAGUUUGAGGAAAGCAAUUGAUCAAGGUUCGAUCCUAGCCACCUUAGCCGUGAUCUGUAUAGUUGCUGUCCUGUGCUUGCUGUUGAUCUAACUGACGAUACUUUCAUCAGUUUUCUGUAAAUUAUCGACCUUCAAUAAUAAGAUACGAGAAUUUGUGCGUGUUUUAGGCUAAUGAAUGUGAUGCAUUGUGCUUGAAUACCUACUUGUUCAAUCUUUUUGUACAUAUAAAUAUCAUACUGGCUACAAUUAUAUGGUUCUCA